CCCGCGAGCCAGCCCGGUCCCCGGCCUGUCUCCCAGCUGCCGGGCACCGCUCUUUCGCUGCGCGCUGACCCCCGGGAACGCCGCGCCAAUUUAGGGCGCUGCGGGACCCGCUACCCGGGACGCCCGUCCCUCCCCGGGCCUCUGCUCGCUUGCCCGCCCGCGAGUCCGUUCCCCUCGUCGGCCUCUCGGAUCGGGGACGUAGGGCGAGCUGAGAGCAGGCCCGGGGAGGGUGGUGACCACCGCGGAGGAGCUGUGGCUGUCAAGAUGAUAGAGGUACUGACAACUGACUCUCAGAAACUGCUACACCAGCUGAACACCCUGUUGGAACAGGAGUCUAGAUGUCAGCCAAAGGUCUGCGGCUUGAAACUAAUUGAGUCGGCACAUGAUAAUGGCCUUAGAAUGACUGCAAGACUCAGGGACUUUGAAGUGAAAGACCUACUCAGUCUAACCCAGUUCUUUGGCUUCGACACGGAGACAUUUUCCCUAGCUGUGAAUUUACUGGACAGAUUCUUGUCUAAAAUGAAGGUACAGGCAAAGCAUCUUGGGUGUGUUGGACUGAGCUGCUUUUAUUUGGCUGUCAAAUCGAUAGAAGAGGAAAGGAAUGUCCCAUUGGCUACUGAUUUGAUCCGAAUAAGUCAGUAUAGGUUCACGGUUUCCGACUUGAUGAGAAUGGAAAAGAUUGUGUUGGAGAAAGUAUGUUGGAAAGUCAAAGCUACUACUGCCUUUCAAUUUCUGCAACUCUAUUACUCACUCAUUCAAGAGAACUUGCCAUUUGAAAGGAGGAACGAUCUUAAUUUUGAAAGACUAGAAGCCCAACUUAAGGCAUGCCACUGCAGGAUCAUAUUUUCUAAGGCAAAGCCUUCUGUGCUGGCAUUGUCUAUCAUUGCUUUGGAGAUCCAAGCACUGAAGUAUGUAGAGUUAACAGAAGGAAUCGAAUGUAUUCAGAAACAUUCCAAGAUAAAUGGCCGAGAUUUGACCUUUUGGCAAGAGCUUGUAUCCAAGUGUUUAACUGAGUAUUCAUCAAACAAGUGUUCCAAGCCAAACGUUCAGAAGUUGAAGUGGAUCGUGUCUGGACGCACUGCCCGGCAACUGAGGCACAGUUACUACAGAAUAACGCACCUCCCAACAAUCCCGGAAACAGCUUCUUAGCUGGCAAAUCUGGUUGUUAUCCUCUCUAUACAGAAAAUUUUCCAGUGUGAUAAUUUUCUUUUACAACUGAAGAAUUGAAAUACUAUCUUCAAUAUAAACAAUAUGGGAUUAAAAUAGUAAAGGGAAAAAUGACUGUUGAUCUAGUUAGUGAAUAUUGGAAGGCAUUUACCAUGUCAAUGCACAGCAGUCUCAAGAGAAAGGACUUAGCAAACCUCUAUAUGUUAACACUUUUGUCAAAUUAUUAGCUUAGGAAAGAGAAUCCUCCAAACCUGAAUUUAUAAAAGCAGUUAAUGAAAUAAUAUUUUUUAAAUUACAUAUCACCUCACUGUAGCUUAUUUAAAGUUACUUAAACCCAAGCAGAAGGAUGAAACAAAAAGUUUGACCCACAUAUGAACAAAUUCAAGUCCUUUUGUUGAUUAAGAAAACAUAGAAAA